UAAAUCACCCGGACUGGUCGCUCGGUCGUCAAUCGCGUGCACUCUUCUUCUAAGAUUUGAGAUUCAACGGCUGCUCACACUGCCACAGCAAACAAGGAUUUUGUUCUCUGCCCAGAAACACUUUCUCAUACUAUAGCAGACUGGGAAACUUGGCCAAGAGAUUUCCGAUAAGGAGUCUUCUCGAAACAAGAUGGCUUUCAGAAGAGCCUUGGCUACUGCCGCGCUUGUGGCCGGUUCAGCAGCACAAUUCGCACAAUUCUCGGACUCCGGAUAUGGCAUCUCGGUCAAUGUCCCCUCAGAUACAGCCUCAUCUGGAAGUGGCUCUAUCUAUGUCCAGAUCAGCGCUCCAAGUGGCACAGAAUGGAUUGGUUUCGGCCAGGGAUCUCAAAUGUCUGGAGCAAACAUGUUCGUCGUGUAUGCUGCAGACAGCACAAAUGUGACUGUGUCGCCUAGAUUGGGCACUGGUCACACCCAACCACAGGUCAACGGUGACGCCCAGAUAUCUGUAUUGGAGGGCACCGGCAUUGCUUCAGAUGGAUCUCUUGUUGCAAAUGUCCGUUGUGACUCCUGCCUGAACUGGAGUGGCGGCAGCAUGGACCCCACAGACUCCUCCAGCUCUUGGAUCUACGCCUACAAGUCCGGGGAUGCUUUGGACAGCACUAGCACAGAUGAAUCCAUCUCUCAGCACGACGGCACUGGCCAGUUCAGUCUUGAUCUGACGACAGGAACCGGCGGCAGCUCAUCUAAUCCUUUCGUUGCGUCCUCAGGCUCUUCUGACGGCUCUGCUUCCGCCUCAGGAUCUGCGACCCAAACGGCUAGCAAUGGGCAGGCUACUGCUACCGACGCCGGGUCUGCCGCAACUAUUCCUGCUGUUGCAACCGCGACCGGGGGUGUUUCUAAUCCUGUGGCAAGCUCAAACCCAUCCACAUCCGGGUCCGGCUCCAGCCACAGUGUCAGCGAUCCGAAUCAAGCCACGAGAGUCGCCCAUGCUAUUGUCAUGCCUCUUGUGUUUGUAAUCCUUUUCCCUCUGUCCGCCUUGACUAUCUACCUCCCAUACAACGAGAAAGUCCGACACAUUCAUGCUCCUCUCCAGGUUGUGAGUGUCAUCUUGAUGCUUGUAGGCCUUGGACUUGGUGUCAAGCUAGCCAACAAACUCAACAAGGUCGACGAGUACCAUCAAGUCAUUGGUUACAUCGUUGUAGCGUGGAUGGUGUUCUUCCAACCAGCACUGGGGCUGUGGCAGCAUCUUCAAUUCCGCAAGAAGGGUACCCGCAGCCCUAUGGGUCAUGGUCACCGAUGGCUUGGUCGUGCCUUCAUCCUGUUGGGUAUUGUCAACGGCGGUCUGGGCUUCAAGCAAGCUGGCACAGUGGGGAGUGACAAUGUACCGACCUACUCGGUCGUCGUCUACAGCAUCGUUACUGUGGUCGUCUUCCUGCUUUACAUUGCUGUCAUCGUCAUCAUGCCGAGACUCGCAGCAAGGAGGAACGUCUCGAAUAGCAACUUGGGCGAGAAGCCUCGUCCACGAAGCCAAGGUUACGAGAUGCACAAUCGCUCAGUUGACCGACGUGGCUAUGCUUGAACGAAUUUUGUCACGCGAUAUUUUUAUUUUACGAGAUAAAGGUUAGAAGGUUUUCUAUAGAACAUGCCAGCUGGGUGAGAACUCUGCGGCAACGACCGGCACGACAUUUAUUGGUGUUAUUACAGGCUUGGGAAAGUCUUGGGGAUGCUGGAUGAUUGAAUGCCAUAUAUCAUGAAAUGUUCACUAUAUA